CAGAAUCUACGAUGAGAAAUUCUGAGGAGGAAUCAACACCAGAUUUUCAGUUCAGAUAUUCUCUGAAGUCAUCCAUAUGGAAAAUGAUAUUUUGAAGCUUUUAGGCUGUCACCGGGUAUUUGAUGAUGCCUCGACGAGGAUGUUAUACAACGAGUAUCUUCAUUAUUCUUUGUCUUCUUGCUGACAUUUGUACAUCGGAAGUGGAAGUGUUGUGUCCACCAGAAUGCAUCUGUUUAUCUCAAACACAGGUACUCUGCAAUUCCGGAGGUCUUCAUCAAAUUCCGUUGAAACUGCUGCCGAUAACCGUUGAACACCUAUCAUUGACUAGGAACAACUUCUCCGUCAUCAAAAGCGACGCAUUUGCAGGUCUAAAAUACCUAAGGAAGCUGCACCUAGACGGCAACAGCAUUAGCACCAUCAAACCUUUCGCCUUCCGCGGUCUGCCUAGGCUGAAGGAGCUGUCAAUUCAACAAACUCCCUUAACAACCGUACCAAGAUUCUCCUUCGCCGGACUACAAAACUUAACGUCAAUUAACCUGAGCCACAAUAAGAUCACCCAAGUGGAAUCGUAUGCGUUCGCAGGAACCACUAAUCUCAAAGUUAUAGUGCUCACAAACAACCCCAUCGUUAAAUUGGAGAGUAACGCGUUUAGCGGUCUAAUAAGUGUGGAGAGGUUGGGUUUUCCUUCAGGCAUCAGAAUAAUAGAACCCGAUGCUUUCAGCGGUUUGGACACGGUCGAACAUCUGAAAUUGUCUUUUAUGGAUUUGCCAGGCGUUGACGCGAGUACUUUUAGGGGAUUAACGAAUAUAGGUGUGUUCUCGAUUCAAGAAUCGGACUUGGGCAUUAUAGAUAGUGAAGCUUUUGACGGUGUUACCAAUAUAAAAGUUCUGAACUUUAUAAAUAAUAAAAUCGACGCCAUCCUCGGAAUGAACAUAUCCCAAGACCAUAAUAUAGGUACACUGAAACUAAACGGGAAUCACAUAUUGGAAAUACCGAGAAGUGAGACUUUGAAUAUAAUUGUUCACAAACUCAUAAUAAAAUCGAAUCAUUUUCCUUGCAACUGCCACGUUAGGAAUCUGUUAGAGGGGCCGUUGGUGAACGGAAGUGUAUCAGAAUUCUUGUCUGAAAAUUAUUGCAUAUCUCCACUGGAUAUGAAUGGCAGACUGAUGAGCUAUCUAGAUUUCGACAGUAUACUAAAAUGCCAAGAAGACGUAACUAGGGAAAGUUUCGAGGCGUCUAGGGAAACGUCUGCAGGGCAACGCAAUACAGGAAUUACAGAGUUAUGUUUUAUUUCCGUUAUCUAUUUACUUUUAAGGUAAUUAUAAUGACUGAUUGUUCAAAGAUACAAAUAUAUUUUAUGCAUA